CGAGAACAUUAGAUAAAUGGUAUCUUUGUAAGUGUAAAGUAUUUUUAUUGACUACAGGAGUAAUACAUACCAUUUAUAGUUCUCAAAUACGAAAGUAAUAUUAUCCAAGAUAUCAAGAUGGCGUCUCUCUUGCAGAGGGUGUCACUUCUUCGCCCAGCAUGUCAAGACUUGACCUUUGUGAGAUGGAUGUACAAAAAGAAGAAAAUUCCAAAAUGGGCAGACCCUAAAGACAUGUCAUGGGCAGAACCUUUGUUUGAAAGGCAGAGAAAGCUGGAGACAGAGGGAGGGAAGAAGAGGGAGGUGUCCAUGUUGCAUCUGGUCCAGAGAGUGAAACCUUUGAAAGGUCGGCCAUACUGGGAGCGAGAAACCAUCAAAACACUCAAGUUAAAUGGAAAGAUCGGGAGUAUGUAUAUUCACAAGAACACCCCCUCUGUGAACAAGAUGCUGGAGAGCGUGAUCCACCUCAUCAAGAUCACCCCCAUCUCAUUCCCAAAUGGGAUUCCAGAAUCACCUGAUGACAUGGAGAACUGCUGGCUGAAAGACAACGGAGAGCUAGUGAUUAGGAAAACAGUUUAUCCUGUCGACACAGUACACUGCAAGAAGGAAGAUAGAGAUGUAUGGACCAUGGACUUAGAGACAUAUGAGAAAGAGCAUCAGAAGAAAAUAGAUAAUAAAACUGUUCACAAGGAAUAUUUUCCUCCCCAGUAUCGGUACAAAUACAACCAGGAUGGCAAGGAAAGGAGAUAUAAAGGCAGCUCUAAUAUCGGCUCCGACAGGGAGUGGUACUGACCUGGUAGGCUUCAGAAGCAGUUUGUGUAUGGUCUGUGUGUGAUAGAUGGAAAUAAGAUUAUGAAAACAAAA